AUCACCCGGGAGAGAGAGGAGCUCAUCAGGGUCAGCGAUGAACAACAAGUCCGCGAGUCUGCAGAGUCCGCCCCGUGUCGGGUCCGGGUCCGGCUCCGGGACCGUGGACCAUGAACUCGUCAUCACCUCCACGUUCGGGACGCUGCUCUCCGUGGUGUAUGUGGUCGGAGUGUCGGGGAACGUGUACACGCUGGUGGUGAUGUGUCACUCGAUCCGCUUCGCCACCUCCAUGUACAUCUCCAUCAUCAACCUGGCUGUGGCGGACCUGCUCUACCUGUCCACCAUCCCCUUCGUGGUGUCCACCUACUUCCUGAAGGACUGGUACUUCGGGGACGUGGGCUGCCGCGUCCUGCUGAGCCUGGACCUGCUGACCAUGCACGCCAGCAUCUUCACCCUCACCGUCAUGUGCAUGGAGCGCUACCUGGCCGUCACCCAGCCGCUGGACACGGUGAGACGCUCCAAGAGUUACCGCAAAGCUCUGGCGUGGGGCGUGUGGCUGCUGUCUCUGGUCCUCACGGUGCCCAUGAUGGUGAUGGUCGCACAGACCACCAAGACCGCCCCGAACGGGGGCGUGAAGAGGAUGUGCGCGCCCACGUGGGCACCGCUGGCUUAUAAAGUGUACGUGACGGUCCUGUUCGGCACCAGCAUCAUGGCCCCGGGGCUGGUGAUCGUCUACCUGUACGUCAGGUUGGCGCGCACCUACCUGGAGUCCCAGCGCAGCUGCGUGAUCCAGGGCGGCCGCCGGUCCCCGAAGCAGAGGGUCCUGAUGAUGAUCUUCACCAUCGUGCUGGUCUUCUGGGCCUGUUUCCUGCCCUUCUGGAUCUGGCAGCUGCUGCCUCUGUACCACACCGAGCCGCUGGGUCUGGCCUCGCAGACUCACACCUGCAUCAACUACCUGGUGGCGAGUCUCACCUACAGCAACAGCUGCAUUAACCCUUUCCUCUACACGCUGCUCACCAAGAACUACCGCGAGUACCUGAAGAACCGCCACCGCAGCUUCUACAGGUACACGUCCUCCUUCAAGCAGCGGCCCCCCAGCCUCUACUCCUGGGGCAAGUCCGCGUCCUCCAGCAACCAGUUCGAGUUCACCUCCGAGACCCUGGUCAUGGGGACCCGGAAGUGA